AUGGGUAAGAGGUCGGAGUUCACGCGGUCGCGCUUCAAGGAGCUGCGGCACAAGCGCGAGGAGCGGGUCCAGCGUUCCCGCGAUGUCCGCGACCGCCGUCACGGCAUCGACAAGUCGAAGCGUAUGAUCGACAAGGUCAUCGUUCAGCGCCCCCUCCCGAGUGCGGCGCAGACCUCGCUGCUGCUGCGUCAGUUUGCCCAAGCCAGCCGUCUCGCCGCCCCGAGCACUGACCUGUGUCUCUUGAUGCGUCACUACGCCACCAUGGCGGAAGAGGCGGGGACGAAGACGGCCACAUCUAAGGAAGGGGAGGGGCGCGAUGACGGAGAAGCGAAAUCGACGAGCUCCUCGGCAAAAGUCGCGUCUCGCAAGCGUGGGCGUGAGAGUGAGGCGGGAGAUGACACGGACUCAUUAUCGCAGGGCAUUGUAUUUCUCGACAGCCUGGCGGAUGCGCUGCUCAUGACGGAGAGCACGCCGGCGGUGCUGGAUGAGGCGGCGGCGGAGGGCAACGUCGGAGAGGAUGACGAGGACGCGGCGGCGGAGGCGGCGAUGGAGGAAGAGGAUCCGCUGACGCUGCUGCAGGACAUCCUGCAAGACGACAGCGGCCGCCGCGUGGUGAGCACGCUGCUGGCCUCGCUGAGCGCCGUGCACAGCACGAAGUGUGAAGCGGUAGCCACGGCGGUGCUGGAGCAGUUUGAAGAAAACGAGCACCUGCCCCAGCACCACGUCGCGUGUCGCGUCAUGAGCGCACUCGUGCAGUACGGCUCGGACGCAACGCGGCAGCGAGUCCUCGAUCUGCUCCGCCAGCGCGGGACGACCACUGAGGCGGUGGUCCAGCUGCUGUCCGACCGACACACCGCCGGCACCAUUGAGCGUCUGCUCGAGCACCAUCGCGCGCUUACUGCGUCGUGGCUCUGCGAGGUGCUGUCGCUGACCGCCACCUCCUCGUCCCCCAAGAAGACGCAGACGAAGAGCGCAGCGAAGAAGGCGGCAGAGGCGGGGGAGGACGACACGGAUGGCGUGUCGACGGAGAAGCUGAUGGAGCUCAUCAUCGGCGCCGUGUCGGGGCAGGUGCUGCUGCAGCUGGUCCAGACCGGCGCGCGACGGGAGCUGCUGCGGCGUCUGACGGUGUCUGACCUUCUGCAGACGAAGCGUGGGACCACCUUCUUGACCCAGAUGCUGACCCUGACGGCGCCCCCGUCGACCGAGAACGGCAGCGAGGCGGAGGCGGAGGCGGUGGUCCUCUUCGACGACUUACUGGAGCGCCUGGGCAGCGAUCUCGGCCUCAUGGCUGUUGACAAGCGUGCCAACUUCGUUGUCCAAGCCUUGGUGCAGCUGCUGCCUGCGAUGGGGUCGCAGAGUCUCAAACAGCUCGAGUGUCUGCAGCGGGCGCUCGGUGGGGCGGCGGGCAUCUCUGCCCUCGCGGCCCACGGCAACGGCGUCCACGUAGUACUCUCCCUCAUCGACACCGCCUUCCAACUUCCGGCGGAGUCGGCGGUGGAGGAGGUGGCGGAGCAGCUCAUCACGCGUCAAACAGUUAAGGAGAUGCUGCACCACCACCACGGCAGUCUGGUGGUGCGUCGCCUGAUGCCGCUCAUCUCGCGCAAGACCUCGAAGGUUGGCCGUCUCCUGCAGGGGAUGGUGGAACAGGACAUGUCGAACUUAGUCUACACCGAGGCCGGCAACCUCGUCGUCCAGGCCUACCUCAAGGCUCUCGGCAAGGCCGGGGCCUCCUUGCUUGCGCAGAAGCUGGCGAACAACAGCGAGGAGCUCGUGUCCAUGUGCUGCAGCCCCUACGCCUCGCAUGUGGUCUUUACCCUCUUUGAGCUGGUCGACCCCGCCACGCACACCUCCCUGUGCAACACACUGAAGCCGCACGUGCUCCGCCUGUCCACCCACGUCAACGGCCGCUUCAUCGUUGAGAAAAUGAUCGCCGCCAGCCGCGACAUCCGCAGUGACGUGUCGAGUCAGUUCAUCGCUCUCGCCCAGGAACGCGGCACGCAGCACCUGCUGUGCGUCCUCCUCGCCAGCCUUGACCCGCGUGGCAAGAAGCACGUGGUGGAGAAAUUAAUUAUGCCCAACUUCUCCGCGCUCGCCACCCAUCAGUGCGGCUCGAUCGCUUUACAGAAGCUGAUGCAAGCGGAGCCGGACCUGCUCGCCGCGGUGCGGGCACGGCUGUCCUCCAACUCGCUUGUCCGCAGCGAUCUGGCGCAGAACUUCUUUGGUAAGUUCGUGGUGCAGAUAGCCCAACAGCCGCAGCAGCAAAAGGCUGCCGAAGCGACGAGAGAAGAGGAGUGA